GGCCACGCCCCUAGCAGAGGCGGAAGUGCAGUUACCUUAAGGCGUUUAGUGUCGCCACCGACUCCCCAGCCUAGCCUCACCCCUGGGCUCAUGGCCGCCUACCCUUACCGCCCGGGCCCCGGGGCCGGCCCCGGCCCGGGCCCCGGCCCAGCCAUGGGCGCGGCGCUGCCGGACCAGAGCUUCCUGUGGAACGUCUUUCAGAGGGUUGAUAAAGACAGGAGUGGCGUGAUAUCCGACAACGAGCUUCAGCAAGCACUGUCCAACGGCACCUGGACUCCAUUUAAUCCUGUGACUGUCAGGUCAAUCAUAUCAAUGUUUGACCGUGAGAACAAGGCUGGCGUGAACUUCAACGAGUUCACAGGCGUCUGGAAGUACAUCACAGACUGGCAGAACGUCUUCCGCACCUACGACAGGGACAAUUCGGGGAUGAUUGACAAGAAUGAGCUCAAGCAAGCCCUCUCAGGUUUUGGCUACCGGCUCUCUGACCAGUUUCACGACAUCCUCAUUCGAAAAUUUGACAGACAAGGACGGGGACAGAUCGCCUUUGAUGACUUCAUCCAGGGCUGCAUCGUCUUGCAGAGGUUGACAGACAUAUUCAGACGCUAUGAUACAGAUCAGGAUGGCUGGAUUCAGGUGUCAUAUGAACAGUACCUCUCCAUGGUCUUCAGCAUCGUAUAACACUGGCCUUUUACAAAUAGCAACGUGACUUGCAGGAAAAAAAGACUGAAAAUGCCAAAUCUCUUACAUUUAACAAAACGGAGCAUGGAUGCAGUAGCUGCUGUUCUUCCUUUAGAUUUUGUAUAAUUCAUAUUUGGGGACCCAACUGUACAUAUGUGGAUAAGCUGAUUAACUUUUUUGCCGUUGUAACAAUAGUCAUGUUGUUAUUCACACACAGGCAUUUGAUUUGGGACUGUUUGUGCCAUGAGCUAAGAUACAAUAAUGAAUGGUUCAGGUACUCUGCAUGUAAAACGUUCAUCAUGUGCUUUGCUGUAUAGCUCUGAUUCUACAGUGGGAAAACUUUUAUUAGCCAAUAGGAAUUUUAAAAUUAUACAGAACUUGCACAGAAGGCUUUUCAUGUGCCUUACUUUUUAAUAAAAGGGUUUAUUGUAUUUAUUUGAAUAAGCAAUAAAGCAAUGUGCUCCUUGUCC